AACAGUUUGAAGGAAAACAAACAGCGUUUUUAACGGAGUUUGUUCGGAGGAAACGUUUCUGUCAUCGUGUGAAAAUGUCUAAAGUCCAAAUGCUGAGAGGGCUGGUGGAGCAGCGACUAACUGCGGCUGCUGAAGAGAUAUUUGGGCUGUUUGAAAGAACGAUAGCAGAGUACGAGGAGGAACUCUGUCGUUCAAAAGAGGAGAACGAGCGCCAACGGAAACGACUGGACGCUGUUUUCAGCCCUCAGCUCCGGCUGCACAGAGCAGAGCUCCCACAGCAACAUGUCUGUAAGGAGGAGGAGGUUCUCUCUGACCAGCAGCUCUGUAUUCAGGUGAGGAACUCCAGUCUGGACCAAAAGGACCCAGAGCCUCCACAGAUUAAAGAGGAACUGUGCACCAGUCAGAAGGGAGAGCAGCUGGUCCUGAAGCAGGAGACUGAUACCUUUAUGUUGACUCUUACUUAUGAGGAAAGGGACCACAGUGAAGAAGCAAACAGUGACCACCAGCUCCAUAGAGCCGAGAGCCAAGAUCAGAAAGGAGGCCAGCAUGGAGACUCAGGAUCAACUAGAAAUGCAGAGCCAGAACCAAAGAAGAGACGACGCAAGAGUAGAAGUCACAGUAACAAUGUAACUAACCUAACAUAUCAGAGACAGGUAAAGGUAAAAAAGUCUUUCAUAUGCUACAUGUGGGAAGUGUAA